AUGCUAGGGAUCGAUUUCGUUCCAUUCUAUCCACAGUCUUUAGUACAACCUCGUGGCUCGCCGUUCCACUUUCUCGUCGAAUUUCGUCGGUGGUACAUCACAACGUUCUCAGAUCCUUAUUACCACAUUGAUAUUCCUGGGCAUUUCUUCGAGUUCCUAGUCUAUGUCGAGCUUGUUGUGCAGUUCCCUCUGGCAAUCUAUCUCACUCACGCACUGUCAUCCAAACAGCGCAUGUCUGGUUCCGCGGAGCUUGCAGGCGUCGUCUACGGUGCAGUUGUUGGCCUUUGCACCGCUAUAGUUUUCAACGAUAUGUGGUAUCUGGGCCCAGAGGUUAUCACUCCUGAGGCCAAGCAGACUCUCCUUGGGACAUAUGUGCCAUAUGCUGUGAUUCCUAGCGACGUUGAUGUCAUUGGACAUGCAGAAGCGGCUGCUAGCCAGGCUUCAUAG